AUGGUGCUGACCUUUGAGGGGAGAGCCAGAGAGUCCAAAAUGGAGGAAGCCGUUGUGGGUCAGAACUCAUUUUCAUCCCACACUAGUGAAAAUUUAGAAGAGGCUGACAUCAAAACAGUUCUCUUACCUGGCCUCAAUCGGUCCAGACAGGCCAAAUUAACACCCAGCGCUCAGCUGAUGCUUCUGGGGAAAUGUGUGAAGAAGCAGCCGUACCCGAAUAACCAGCACGCAGUGUGGAACAUCACUGUCCCAGAUGGCCACAGGCUUAAACUCUACUUCACCCACUUCAGCAUAGAACCCUCCAACCAGUGUGAAUAUGAUUAUAUCCAGGUUUUGGCAGAGGGGAAUGAAACCUUGCGAUUUUGUGGUGAAGAAGAGAAGAACCAUGAGAGCACCCCGAGGAACACCGUCAUCGUGUCAGCCGGAAACCUCAUGUCAGUGGUCUUUAGGAGUGACUACUCUAAUGAGGGUCGAUUCACCGGCUUCCAAGCGUUUUACACCUCGGAAGAUAUCAAUGAAUGUCUGCUCAAGAUAGAUGGGGAGAGAGUGUGUGAUCACUUUUGCCACAAUUACAUCGGUGGAUAUUACUGCACGUGCCGACCAGGAUAUCUUCUCCAUGACAACAAAAGAUCCUGCACAGUGCCAUGCCAUGGCGAGGUGUUGACUUCGCUGUCAGGGAUUCUGACCAGCCCAAACUACCCUAGCCCCUACCCACCCAUGAGUCAGUGUAACCACACUAUUCGUUUGCCGGAGGGCUACAGAAUAAUCCUGGACUUCCUGGAACCCUUUGAUAUAGAGAGACACCCAGAUGCCCCCUGUCCAUAUGAUAUGUUGAAGAUUUCAACAUCUGGGCAGGAGUAUGGACCCUUCUGCGGAUCGACACCACCAGCACGCAUCGACACAGGAAGUUACCAAGUACACAUUAAAUUCAGAUCUGACACUAGUGGGAAAAACAAGGGAUGGAAAAUCAAGUACACCAGUACUAAUGUUGAAUCCCUCAUUUUAACUUAAAGUCUUACUGGCCUUUACACGGUGACGUUAUAUUGUUGCAUCUUAAACCAAUCAUAAAUUUGGUGAUGAAUCUUGGGAAUUGGGCUUAUCCAUGAGGCUAGCAGAACACUAGCUAAGUCCUAAUCUAAUUGUCAUUGUUUUAUUUCUUUCAUUGGAAAGAUGCUGCUAUAA